AUGCCCACACUGGGUCUCGGAGUUGCUGUGAACGACGAAUGUGCGGAAGCGUGUAAGAUCGCGCUGCAGAACGGGUACAGAAUGAUCGACUCUGCCCGCCACUAUCGUAACGAAGCAGGAGUCGGAUCAGGCGUAAGACAAAGUGGCAUUAGUCGAGAAGAUAUCUUUAUCACUUCCAAGAUUUUCCAUAAUGAGUUUGGGUACGAUAGCACGCUGAGCGCGGUAAAUGACUCUAUAAAGAACCUAGGAUUUGGCUAUUAUGACCUCUACCUCAUUCACAGUCCCCGCACGGGAAAAGCGAACAGACUUGCGACGUACAAAGCUCUGCAAGAAGCAAAAGCAGCAGGCCUCGUGAGGUGCAUAGGUGUGUCGAACUACUCUGGAAAGCACAUUGACGAGAUAAUCGAGGCUGGGUAUGAGUUGCCGGAUGUGAACCAGUUGGAGCUCCACCCAUUCUGUCAGCAACGCCCUAUCAUCGAGUAUUGCACAGAACGCAACAUCGCCGUACAGGCCUAUACGCCCCUCGUGCGUGGCGCGAUGGACCACGCCGUCAUACAGGGGCUGGCGAAAAAGUAUGAGAAAGAUGGUGCGCAAAUCCUCAUUCGUUGGUCGCUCCAGAAAGGAUUCGUUCCCCUCCCGAAAUCCGCCAAUGAGCAGCGCAUCGUGUCCAAUGGGCAAGUUUACGAUUUCGAGAUUGCAGAGGCGGAUAUGGCCUUGUUGGACGCACUCGACCGUGGUGCGGAUGGAGCGGUCACCUGGAACCCUGUAGGUGCUGAGUGA